AUGGAUAAGGACAACGCAAACCCCACCAUUCUGACUGCCUCGCAAUUGCCUACUAGACAGCAGAAGAAAAGGAAGACAUCAUCCGACGGUCUCAAGGGUGGAUUCCUAGCAAACAUCUCGCCCAAAGUAUCGUUCCUGUCAGGGCCGUUCUGCGACACACCCUGGUCGGAUGAUGCAGACAGUGACGAUGACUUCACUGAUGAGCCCAUCGACGAGCAGGAGAUUUACGAUCUGAUAUCCAACAUUUCCGACCCAGAACAUCCCAUUUCACUUGGCCAACUGGCCGUGGUCAAUCUACCUGAUAUCCAGAUUACCCCAACUCCUUCGGCCAUGAUGGAAGCAAAUACCCUGACCAGGGUACUGGUCAAGAUUACUCCCACAAUUACCCAUUGUUCUUUGGCGACUGUCAUCGGGCUUGGAGUGAGAGUUCGCCUGGAACAGGCACUACCGCCCAAUUAUCGUGUGGACAUCAUGAUAAAGGAAGGGACACACAGCCAAGACGACCAGGUCAACAAGCAACUGGCAGACAAGGAAAGAGUCGCUGCAGCCUUGGAGAACGAUACGUUGAAGGGUGUGCUUGACAAAAUGCUUGAGACCUGCCUUUGA